AUGGGGGUGUGUGACCGUGGGAUGCAGAUGUUGCUGACCACAGUGGGAGCUUUCGCCGCUUUCAGCCUGAUGACCAUUGCGGUGGGCACCGAUUACUGGCUAUACUCCCGGGGAGUCUGCAGGAGCAAGUCCAACAGCGACAACGAUACGGUCAGAAAAAACGAGGAAGUGAUGACCCACUCGGGACUCUGGAGGACUUGUUGUCUGGAAGGUACCUUCAAAGGAAUCUGCAAAAUAAUUGAUCAUUUUCCAGAGGAUGCAGACUAUGAGCAGGACACUGCGGAAUAUUUGCUGCGAAUCGUCAGGGCUUCCAGUAUAUUCCCGAUACUGAGUGUGGGAUUACUGUUUCUUGGAGGUGUCUGUGUUGCAGCUGGUGAAUUCUACAAGAGCAAACACAAUGUUGUCCUCAGUUCUGGGAUUUUUUUUGUAGCAGCAGGUUUAAGCAACAUAAUAGGAAUUAUUGUGUACAUAUCGGCUAAUGCCGGAGACCCUGGACAAAGCGAUUCUAAAAAGAACAAUUAUUCUUACGGAUGGUCCUUCUACUUUGGGGCUCUGUCGUUCAUCAUCGCUGAGACGGUGGGAGUGUUAGCAGUGCACAUGUACAUUGACAAACACCGACAGCUGAGGAUGAAGUCCCGCACCGAUGUCCUGAAGAAAUCGACUCUUGCCCGAAUUCCCAGCUACAGAUAUCGGUUCAGGCGAAGGUCGAGUUCACGUUCCACAGAACCUCGGUCCAGGGACCCAUCUCCAGUCGGGGGUAAGGCCUACACUGUGCCGCCGUCAAAUGAGAUAUCAAUGUACACGCUGUCCAGGGACCCUUCAAAAGCAGUUGUCGCAACUAAUCUCGCUUCCGAACGGGAUCCCAAGUUCCUGCAGGUUCGCAACUGCAUUCCCAAAGACUCGAAGGAAACUCUUCAUGCAAACCCGGCCAACAGGCGCACCACUCCCGUCUGACACCCAACCACUCUUGGUUUGACCAGCUAUGAGUAGCGUCUCAAUGCCUCCCUGUGCGCGUGUGCAGCGACU